AUGACUCGCCCGGCGCCUUAUGGGAAACCAAAGUUUUUGGGUUCCGGGGGGAGUAUGGUCGCAAGGCUGAAACUUAAAGGAAUUGACGGAAGGGCACCACCAGGGCUAGGCCGCUCCUUGAGCGGUCGUCAGCUUCUUAGAGGGACUGUUGCGCGAUUAGCCAACGGAAGUCUGGGUAAUCUUGUGAAACUUCAUCGUGCUGGGGAUAGAGCAUUGCAAUUAUUGCUCUUCAACGAGGAAUCCCUAGUAAGCGUGAGUCAUCAGCUCGCGUUGAUUACGUCCCUGCCCUUUGUACACACCGCCCGUCGCUACUACCGAUUGAAUGGCUUAGUGAGACCCUCGGAUUGGCUUACGGUGGUUGGAAACAGCUUGCCGUUCGUUGAGAAGUUGGUCAAACUUGGUCAUUUAGAGGAAGUAAAAGUCGUAACAAGGUUUCCGUAG